AUGGCUUUUAUGUCUGGACUCUGGAAUUCUAUCGUUGGUGGCAACGAGAAGGAAGUUAACUGGAACGACGUAUCAGUUUUCUAUUUUGAUAACAAAAAGAAAUAUUUCUCAGUCUCCGAAAUCGAUAAAGAAGUCACGCCUAUAGUGUUUUCUGAAUCUCAUAAGAUCACUUUCAACAAAACCGGUCUUGGACUUUCUUAUACGCCGCUUAAUUUCAUCACUAUCUUCCACAUAGAUACUAGAAAAGCGGAAGUAAAGAUGCCAAGCGGCCAUAUCGACCAACCAGUCAUUGAAGACAACAGGGAUGGUACUGUUAGCAUCAAGUACGAUCCCCGAGAGGAAGGUGUUCAUGAACUUUUCGUAAAAUACAAUGGAGAACAUGUUCAAGGGUCACCUUACAAAUUCCACGUAGACUCUAUCUCUUCAGGCUAUGUGACGGCUUACGGCCCAGGCCUAACCAAUGGCGUGAGUGGUGAACCCAGCCAGUUCACUAUCAGCACCAAGGGGGCUGGUGCUGGUGGUUUGUCUAUGGCUGUUGAAGGUCCAAGCAAGGCUGAAAUUACAUGUCACGACAACAAAGACGGCACAGUAGCUGUGUCCUACCUUCCCACCGCUCCUGGUGAAUACAAGAUCUCUGUUAGGUUCGGUGAUAAGCAUAUCAAGGGAUCACCUUUCCUCGCUAAGGUUAUUUUUAUAUUUAAAAUAUAUUAUUUGAGCUGUAUUUUUGACAGAUUUUUUACGAAU